AUGCGUUACUCUCUCGCUGCCAUUGCUGCUAUCGCCGCCUCCGUUCAGGCCCACGGUGUCGUUUCUGAGAUCCAGGGUGCCAAUGGUGUAACCAUGCCUGGUCUUUCCGUCCAGGACGGUACUCCUCGCAACUGCGCUUCUCCUCUCUGCGGUUCCGAGGCUGAUACUUCCAUCAUCCGCACCCGCGAGAUGGGUGGCAAGGCCUCUGCUCUUGGACGCACCCAGGGUGGCGGUGCUGUUGACGCUGGUGCCGCUAUCUCCAUGUUCAUGGGAGGUGCUGCUGGAGGUGCUGGUGCUGGUGCCGCAGCUGGUGCCAAGCGUGGCUUCCUCGAUGCUCUUACCGGUGGUGGCGCUGGCGGCGCCGGUGCUGCCUCUGCCGGCACCAAGUCCACAGGAACUGAGGGUGGUGUUGCCAAAGCCGCAGGUACCGGAGCCACAUCUGGUCUGCCUACCACCGCCGACGACGGCACCAUCACCAUGACCUUCCACCAAGUCAACCAGGACGGUGCCGGUCCCCUGACCGCCCAGAUCGACGCCACCUCCGCUGGCACCGACCCCGCCGCCUUCCAGGACGCAACCGUCAUGCAGAACGUCCCCGGUAUCGGUAUUGGAGGUCUCUCCGCCGCCGCCGUCAAGGACUUCCCCGUCAAGGUCCAGAUGCCCGCUGGCAUGACCUGCUCCGGUACCGCCGGCGGCGCCACCAACGUCUGCAUCGUCCGCAUGCAGAACGCUGCCCUCGCUGGUCCCUUCGGUGGCUCCGCUGCCUUCACCCAGAGCACUGCUGCUAAGAAGCGCGCGGUCGAGUACAACCUCCGCAAGCGCCACAUGGCCCGCGGUAUCCUCGGAAAGCCCGAGUAA